AGGCUCGUGUGCGCGCGCAGCCCGCGACAGGUCUGGAAGUGCUCGGAGGAGGCAGGACAACGCUGCUGGAGCGGGGAAUGAUGGCGGUGAGCAAGAAGAAGGGACAACUUUGAUACUGUAAAACCGGGGCAUUGUGGACGAGAUUUCGGCGACCAACACGAUGAAGCAAGUGGGAGAUGACUUCGGUGUGAGUGUUUAGUUGAGACAAUGCUCCAAAGAAGCUCCGCCGGACCCAUGGCACCGCUUGCGUAAAUUUGAGGGUAGUUUACCAACAAAGAGGAACAAUCUCUCCAAACACGGCUUUUCUUAUUGGGCUACAGUCGUAAACAAACAAAAAUGAUCAAAGCGGAAAGCAAAGGAGGCGAGAGGACCCUGAGGAGCGCGUCCCCUCACAGAAACGCGUACAAGUCUGACUUCCAUGCCAUUAAGUGCUCCUUUGAUGGGUCAAAGUCGGAGGGCGCCGCCAAAUCAUAUGCAAAUGGGUCCAGCGACACCCGAGAGGACUCGAGGGGAAGGCCUUUUGGCACCAGAGUGAACAAGAUAAAGAACAUAUUCCUACAAAUGGAUGGUCAGCAACAGGAGUGCCAAGAGGGGAAAGCGACUUUAAAGUCUGAUGUGCCCCAGGUGUCUCCAUCUAAGGUGCAACUCCCGGUCAACGCUCACAGAGUUAGCUUCAACAGUGCUUCAAGCCCAGAAUCACACAAUUUAGAUAAAACACCCAAGGGGGAAGAUGUUGAGAUUGACAAAGUGGCUUUGGCAGAGAAGUUUUCUGUGACCAGAAAACUCUUUGAAAGAGGCAUCAAAGAGCAGCCUGCAGCUGAAAAACAGUCUCCAAACAGAGCAGCGACUCGCCUGUCCCUCGGAAGUGCCUCUGAUGACGGGAAAAGCACAAGGAGAGUAUCGGGGUCCUCCGAGACUUCUGUCAAAUCAGAGCAAACACCUACAUCAAAAGCUGAAUGUCGACCAGAUGAGAAGGCCGAUGGUGAAAAAAGGCAUGUGUCUAGAGUGUCGCUGAAUGCAGGACCCAUGUCCAAGAGGUUGGGCAAUUAUAUGACAGAUAAUGACUCGGAAGACAACAACACAGCUGCUUCAAAAAGAGAAAUAGCGUCUGCUAAACAGCAAAGUACCACUGAACGCUUGCCUACUUCUCCGACAAGGGACAGCUUACACAAAUCCCCUUCUCCCGUUAAAGAAGCCACUAACUCUACACCUGUGACUGAUGCCACUAACAAAAAUGCAGCUCAGGCAGCUUGUGCCAUUAACAAACCAGCAUCGUUGGGGUCUAGUGCUGGUCUUAAACCCACAUUCCCAGCCACCAAUGCAGCAUACAAAUCCAUUUCUCCAACAGCAGAUGCCACUAACAAACCCCUUUCCCCAGAGCAAACAAUCCCAGUCAGCUAUGGAAACAAACGCUCUUCAUCAUCCAGUGAUGGAUUUAGUCGGACAUCUGUUGGCGGGGAUGCAGGCAAGCCACAUAGUCCACCCCCAAGGGAUGUGAAGCAGCCUCUUCCAUCAGCUGGUGGUGUGCAGAGCACCAGCAGACCUAAAUAUCCUGAAAAGGCCCAAAGUAAUGACACUGUGGUACAUAGUCCUACCAGAGAUAAGCCACCCACUCAGACCUCAUCCCUGGACUCCAGGAGGGUGGGCAUGGUUCGGGCAGAACUGGUAGUGGUUCAGAAUGAGUCCUCAGAGAGUGAGGAGAAUGAUGAUGAUGAUAACAGUGAUGGUAAUGUGUUUGAGGAGCAUAAGGUGCAAAGCUCCAAAGAUUUACCAACAAACCUGAAAAGAACCUUUCCAGCAGAAAAACUAAACUGUAACCCCACUCAUCAUGUCACGAAAGAGACACAGAGGAUAUCAGAGACUGUAGGAGAAGGUAGAGUCUUGGAGGACAACGGGUUUAAAGUGGAGAAAAGGGCGGACAGUUCGGCAUUUAAUCAAGAUGGUGACACUAAUCGUGAGGAAGAUGAUGAAGUAGCAGAGGAGGAAAGUGAGCUAGAUGACCAGGUGGGCCAGAGCAUCCUGGAUAGAGCCUCACCAGUAGUGUAUGGUAUUGAGAACGCAGCGUUUGUGGAUGACAGAGAUGUAGACCAGGUCCUCAGGGAAGAGGAGGAGGAGGAGGAGGAGGAGGAGGAGGGUGAAGAAGAGGAGGAUCAAAUAUAUAGGGAAUAUGAUGACUGUUAUGAGACCCUUGGUCUGUCGGAUGAGGAGGAGCCUCCUGCGAAUAGGAAAAUCAAGUUCUCCACAGACCCCAUUCUGGUCUUCAGUACCUUCUCCAAUGAGGAAUACGAUCGGCGCAAUGAUGACGUGGAUCCAGUCGCAGCAUCUGCGGAGUAUGAGCUGGAGAAGAGAGUCGAGAAGAUGGAUGUGUUUCCUGUGGAGAUUGAGAAAGGAGACAAUGGCCUUGGCAUCAGUAUCAUAGGGAUGGGAGUUGGAGCCGACCAGGGUCUGGAGAAGCUCGGCAUUUUUGUAAAAACCGUAACAGAGGGAGGAGCAGCUGAGAAGGACGGACGCAUUCAAGUGAAUGACCAGAUAGUGGAGGUGGAUGGUAUCAGUCUGGUGGGUGUCACCCAACUGUUUGCUGCUACGGUCCUGAAGAACACCAAAGGCACAGUGAGGUUCUUGAUUGGACGGGAGAAGCCGGGGACGCAGAGCGAGGUAGCCCGCCUCAUAAGUGAGACACUAGAGCAGGAGAAGAACCAGCAUCAGCAGCACCAACAUUUGGAUGAUCCUUAUGAACACUCAACAGAAGAGGAGGAGCGCUAUGAGGAAGAGGACGGAGCAGAUGAGAGGAUUUUAGGAUCUAAUUUCUCUCCUGGGCGGAACACAGAGGUGUUUGAGCUGCCUGAUUUGGAGGCUUUGUUUAUGCCGACCAACAUGGACAGUUCUCAGAUGGUCUUCAAGUUCAAAGAGCUGCAGCUCAAACACAGCAUUGCCGCAGGUGAAAUAAAUCAACUGAAAGAAAAGCUAAGGGCAUCUGAGGAGGACAAAUCAUUGUGGGAAGCCAGGGAGUCUGCACUGGAGCAAAAGAUCGAAGAUAACAACGACAAAAUCCUGAAGCUGGAGAGUUACUGGCUGGAAGCCCAAGAUCUGUGUAAGACUGUGAAUGAACAAUUAGCUGACACUCAAACCCAGUUUGAGACCUUGGACAAGAAGUACAACAAGGCCAAGAAGCUGCUCAAGGACUACCAGCAGAAAGAGAUAGACUUUGUGAAGAAAGAGGAGGAGCUGAAGAAAAUUAUAGAUGAAAAAUACAAGUGGUACAAGGAGCAGCUGGAAAACUUGCAGAACAAGAUAGCUGUCCUGGAGUCCAGAGAGGCCUCAGUUGUGGAGCGUCAGGACUCAGCAGCAGACAAGAGAAUAAGCAGCCAAGAUCCAGUCACCAGCACACAAUCUGUUGACUCACUACUAGAACAAGACUGGAACGAAUUGGUCCCUGAGACUGAGCGUUUGGACACCAGUGCACACAGAGCAAAAGGCCUGCUGGCUCAGAAAGCCAAACGUCAGCCUCCAUCACGCAGCAAACUGAAGGAGAAUCUCGCGGUGACUUCAGGUCACUCUCAGGAAACUGAAGAAGAGGAGGAGCAGGAAUCUCCCAGGAGGAGGAGGAGUUCCAUCCAGGAGAGCCUCUCCCUCCCAGUGCCUGUCUGCUAUCCUGGGAAUGGACCGAAAGAUGACCAAGGGGAGACUAGAGAUGGACCCAAAAAUAAGGCAGAGAUCUCCAGCAGCCCAUCUUUGUCGCCAUCGCUGGGAGACAGUGUUGAAAGCGGCGGAAGUCCUUCUUUGUCCUCUCCAAAAGACGCCAUGUCACCACAUUCCCCCUCUGGAUUAAUGCGCAAUGUCAAGAAGAGGGAGUCCAAAGGCAAGGGCAAAGAGCACAAAGAAGAACCAAAUGAGGCCUCACCAUUAGGAAAACCUAAAAGACGAUUUCCAGACUUUGGAGGCCUUCGGAAAUCAGGCGGCAAAGGAAAAAAACAUGACAAGGAGGCGAUGAGAGCAUCUUUGGACAGCAGGGGAUCGGCAGAGUUACUGGAGGAGUCUGGAGGGAACCUGUCUCCUGCAGAGUCAAUGAGCUCCAUCCCUACCUGUAUGCCCUUCUCCUGGUUUGGAGACAAAGACAGGGACAGGGACAGAGAGCCCUCCUCUUCCAGCAGCAGUCUGCCGCACACUGCAACUGAGACCAGCAGUGAGCAAAGCCAGGAUCGCAAGAAUAAAACAAAUCUCUCCUGGUCCUCUUUAUUCAGUCGCUCAUUAGAUUUGAGUUUUUCAGUCAUAGAUGAUUCUAACCCUGCCAGUCCCAGUUCAGACAUCUCUGGGUUAGUUGCUGAACCCAAUCUGUCUGGGCGCUCACACACUUUAAUCUUCUCUUCCAGCGAGACUUUGGAUGAUGAACCAGUAGCUACAGGAAAAGAGUAUCAGUGGCAGAACCGGCCAGUUUCUGAAUGGACCAAUCAGCAGGUCUGUCACUGGUUGAUGGGCAUGAAUAUGGACCAAUACACACCUGAAUUCACAGCUAAGGGAAUAGACGGCCAGCAGCUCUUGCAUUUGGACAGCGACAAGUUGAAGGCCCUCGGUGUGUCCAGUCAGAGCGACCGUUCAACCAUCAAGAAAAAACUGAAGGACCUGCGUAAGGCUCAGGAGAAGCUGGAGAAACAAAGAGAGAAAAAAGAGAAGGAGGUUCGCCGCAGUGGGAGGCUUCCACUCAGCAGUGACUCUGUCUGCUGAGGCGGCAGCUCUGUGCUCUGAAUACAUACCACUCAUAAAGUUCAUCACUAGCGGAACCAUGAGCGACUCCCCUCCCCCCUUUUUUUUUUUUAAAUCUAAAAAUUUUGUGCCGUGACGUUCAUGUCACUCGAUGUUAAUGCCAACAAGCAGAGAACACGACUGCCGGGAGUUUACCUGUGCCGACCAAGGUGCCAGCUAUGACGUACGUUCACACUGUUGCAUCCUGUUUGUCUUCUCACCACUGUUUCUCUUGACUAUUUUAACAAAUUUUCAGCUCAAAUGAUUUUAACUGAACGAUGGGGAAUGUCAAAGAAGUCGGGCAUGUGACCAAAAAGGAAUCCUAACAUUUUUUUUUUUUUUACCACUAAAAAGCUACAAGCUAUUAUUAUAAAAUGUCUGUUUUCAGAACUAAUGUAGUCGUUGCAGAUCAUGCACAUAUAUACCUAUGGAAGUCAAAUGUAUACUGCUUUUUCAGCAUUUUAUAUUGUGCUAGAGUAACUUGACUGUUUCCAUGUAAAACAGUUAUUGUACAGUUCAGAUAAAAGCACUAUAUUUGUCUUUUAAGCAUCAAAGGGCGACAAGGUUUUAAAUGUAUAAAUAAGUUUUAUACAUGUGCCUAUUAACUGCAUCUUUUUUUUUUUUUUACUUAAAUAUCAUUGUUCAUUUUAUACUAUCUAAAUUUUUCUACUAAGUAGAAUAGCCAGGCUGUCAUUUUUUGCUAAAUGAAAAGCAACAAACGAAUCAAAUGGGGACGAGGUGAAUGCUGCUUCUGCUGUCCCUGACUGGCUGUGUGUUGCUGAGAUGGUCCCAUGCUGCUCCAUGUAAAUACACACACACACGCACACACACACACACACACACACAGGUCUGCUACAUGUACACCUCACCGCCCCAUCAGACGGUAAGCUGUGUCUAUGACAAGGACCCGUGUGAGUCGGGAGCGCAGCGUCGCGUCUGAAUGUGAGGCUGAAUGUUUAGUUGUCCGCAGCCAAACUGAAGCGCUUCCUUCUUUCCUUCCUUCCUUCCUGCUUCUUCUUAUUCUUCUCAUGCACGACUCCAUGUUCUGUAUAGGAUACGACAUGUUGGACUGCAAGAAAAUCAUGUUUUCCACACCUUUUGAAUCGAAGAAACAGUUCUUGGUACAUAAAUCAUCAAUAAACUAAUUUUCACUUA